AUGAUGGAAGUCGAUAGAAUGAAGAUUGGCUUUAUGUUGGGUUGCGGAUCAAAUGCCUCCGCACCAAAGGAGGACUUGGCCUCAACCACUACCACUACCACUACCAAUACUGCUGCCACCACACAGUCGACAAUGAAGCGCUCAUUGUCCGCAUCGAUACAAAGUGAGGAGGACGAUGACGAGGGUGUGGUACUACUUUCGAAAAUCGCAUCGCCAACACCUUCAUCGCCAGACAAGAUACCAUCACCAUUGCUCAACUUGCCAAAGUCCAGCAACAACACCAACAAUCACUUCAACACAAUCAAGAUACCAAACUUCAGUAUACUCACCAAUGCCGCGACAUCCAUGCUGUCCACCUCGGCCAAUCAUUCCAAUAUAUACUCUUCCAGCAGCAUCAGCAGUGGCAGCAGCAGCAACCCAUUCAUUUCCAAAGAGUUGGCCAACAGCCUACUCACACCUUUAUCCUCCUCUUCCGACUCAAACUCAAACUCAAACACAUUUUCAAACUCAAACUCAAACACAAACUCCAACAAUAUUACAUUCUCAAUCACAUCCGCACCAAACACUCAUGGCAUGUUCACAUCCAACUCUGGCAUCAACAUGGCUAGACUACCAUCGCUUCAAUCAAUUUCACCAUCUGGCUCGCCAAGACCAGACUCGAUCCGAUCAACACCAUCAGGCUCGCUAAACAACUCGCCAUUCCUCUCGCCACACGCUUACAUGGACGCGUACAAUGACGACCCCGACUCUGGCAACUCAUACCCCUCGUCGCCCAACUCACAAAACUCUGACGGCGACGAAGGCGCCAACCGCUCGCCAAACGGAUCGCGCUCCAUGGCAUGCGGCAAGCACAGCAAGUGGAAGAAGAGAUGUCCCGACACUUGUGUGGGCCGCGUGUCACCAGUCGAGUUCUCGUCGUCCACCCGCAAGUUGUGGACCCAGGAGGAGUGUUGCCAACUCCUCGAGAUGGUCUUCCAGAUGGACCCACAAUCCGUCACUGCCAAGGAGAGUGAGCAGCGAUGGCGCUCAAUCGCCCAGACUCUGGGCCGCACCGUCACCUCCACUCGCAAGAAGUACAUGCGUCUGAUGAACAAGUGGUCUCCUCGUCCAAUGGCCACCUCUGUCCAUCCAAUCUCCAAGCUGAUAGAGAACGAUAGGAAGAGAAAGACAGACACUUACGACCCGCAGCAGCCAGAGCACAACAUGGCCCAUCCAGCCAAGGAGCUCAAAAUGACCAACAUGAACUCCAACUCCAACUCCAACUUUAAUCAAUCAUCCUCUACAUCAUCAUCACCUUUGUCAACAUCAUCAUCUCCACUCAGACAACAUCCAUCUUCAUCAUCGUCCACCAACUCAUACCAACAUUCAUCAUCAAUGGACCAACAACAACAUUUUGCGCAACAACAACAACAACACUUCUCACUCCUUCAGAAGCAGCUGUCCGACUCACCCUACUACAAGCAACUGCAGUCAAUGCCACAGCAGGGCGGCAGCCAGUCAGUGACCAGCUCGUUCAAGACACUAAGUGAGAAGCUGAACGGCACCGGCAACCACGCCAGUAGUGCCAACGGCAGCAAUGGCAACCCACCCAAGUUCAAGAAGCCUAUCGGCCGUCCACCCGAAGCCUGUGAGCAACAUCGUAGCGAACAUCAAAAGUGUCCAAAGGACUGUCCAUUCCGCCCCAACCUGAACAUGCACCAGCAACAACAACAGCAGAUCCAGUUGAUGCUCACCCUGCCCUCUACGCUCACCUCACAGCAGCAACAUGUUGCUGGUGGUAGCAAUAUCAUGACCCAAUCCAAG